CAUACCAUUGCACUAUACAUAUACAGCUUGACAGAUAACAUGAAGCGACAAACGUAUCAUGAUAUACGUUUAUAGUCUCCUGACUCCCCUCUUCCGACCGGCAGUAAACCCCUUGCCAAAGUGGGCGUCCGUUUGGCUGUGCGGGAUGUACAAGUAUGCAGCCACGUCCCGUCAGAAUGGGGACGUUAAUCCUUUGUCUUAUGUAGUGAGAGUGCCACGCUUUCUGCGCGUUAAGAACCCUUGUAACAACUCUUUGGGGGGUCCGUAGGUGGCCUGUUGCAAGGCAAAAUGUCUGUCCUUAUCCAAUAUGCCCUAAUUUUCCAGUGGCAGUUUAAAUUUCCCCGACCUUCAUCCAGGACGGCCUUUAUUGCAGGACAUACCUAUUGCAUUUAUUGUUAAUUUGUUCUCGUCCUGAACAUGCAUGACAUAUUUGCAACUGGACGUUAAGCCACCAACAAUCAUUCAAUCAAUAUAGUCUCCUGGUGUCCCUAUUCUGAUCUGAGCGACCGGUUAUAUUCCAAUUAAGAAACAGUUCAUGGCAGCUGGAAAUUUGUUUUCAUUAAACCACGGGUUAGGCAUUUAUAUUCGAUUACUAAAAUUUAUCCCGAGCGAUACAAUUUGAAACAUGAAAUUAGAUUAGCUUAAUCUUCCGAACUUGAAUUAAACAUUUCACAAUAAAAAAUAACAAAAUCCAUAAGUAAAAUAUUGCAAAUAUAAAAAAAACAAUGAUUGUACGAAAUUCUGUUGUAAAAUGUUCUACGAUAUGCUCUCUUUUGGUUGACAUAGAUCACGUGACAUAGAUAUGGGAUCCGGUUGGAGAAUUGUUAGCUGUUUUCACUCUUCGAAUAGAUUUGGAACAGCGAGAAAAAUUGCAGUAAUUUUCUUACUUCUGGCAGGAAUUCACUAUACGUUUUUUUACCGACAGUCUCUGCUUGAUUCACUAAACCGAAAUCCUUCACACAAAUAUAACUGUAGUUCGAUUGCUUAUCAGGAUAAGAUAGGAAUCAAAAGAAACAAAUCUGUGUGUGUUAAAUUCGGAGGAGGAUUAGGAAAUCAACUUUUCCAUUUUUGUUUUGGAUAUACCGUAGCUCGAAAGAAAAACAUGCAGUUAAUAAUAACAAGAAAAAAUAUUUUAACACAGUAUUUCAAAUUGGUGCCAAUUUAUUGGAAGCAUUAUGAUUUAAAUGCAGAUAUUUGUGAUGGUUUACCAUUAAUAACCGAUAAGGGAUAUGAUUGUGGAUAUGACAAGAAAUUAGAACAUUUACCAAGUGAUCAGAAUUUAUCAUUUUUAGGAUUUUUCCAGUCCUGGAGAUAUUGGAAAAAAUAUGAGAAUGAAUUAAGACAGAUACUUCAAUUCCAGGAUAAUAUUCUACAUGAAGCAAAAUCUAAGUUUAUUACUAUUCUUUCAAAAUACCAAAAAUAUGAAGGCAUAGAAAUUAUAGGAGUACAUAUACGUAGAUUCGAUAGGUAUGAUACAGAUGAAUUUGGUAAAAACAAUGCACCAAAAGAAUAUAUAAUUCAUGCCAUGGACUAUUUCAGAAAUCUGUAUAAAAGGUGUUUAUUCCUCAUCUUUUCAAUUGAAAUGAAAUGGACUAAAAAGAAUAUUCCACAAACUGGUGACAUUUUCCUUGUCGAAGGAAAUUCCGCACCGGUAGACCUUGCAAUGUUAACGCUUACAAGCCAUACCAUAAUGACCGUUGGAACAUUUGGCUGGAUGGCUGGAUGGAUGACUCAGGGGAAGACAGUUUACUACAUGCACCCUGCCACGCCUGGAUCUGCAUUUUCUAAACUUUAUUCGAACUAUUCUGAUCAUUUCUAUCCGGGAUGGAUUCCCAUGGAAUGAAUCGAGUGUGAGAUUAUACGCCUCUAGUCUAGUGUCAUGUAAAGUGUCUAUGUUAACUUGAAUCUGAAAGAAAUAAAUUUCAUGAUUUUUGCGGAAAAUCUAAUAUUGAUUAGAAAUUAUUUUUUAUAAAUUGUACUAACUAUAAAAUAUACCAAACAGUUAGUACAAUCACUAAACACACAUUAAGAGUUUAAGCUAGGAUUUAGAGGGCUUCAGUCACGUUUGAGUGAUACAAUAAAAACGACCUUUUUGAACUAAGCCGUAAGGCAGUAGUUGCAUGGGCUUAAAUACAUGAAAAACGCAUGUUUAAUGUGUUCUUUAAUUUUUCCCUAGCAUUUCAUAAGUAUACUAAUAAAUAUAUACAAAUAAAAAUUAAAACAAAUCAGCUGUUAAGCUGUAAAAAGAUGCAUAUCACAUUAAAAAAAGUUACUUUGUGAUAUCUCAAGCAGCCAAAAUAUCGUCCUUCAUCUAAAAUAGAUUGGAAAUUAGAUUCGGAAAGUCAAUAGAGCCGCUCUUUUAUCAAAUUGUAAAAAUUGGCGUAAAAUAAAUUAAGAAUACAGAAAAAUGGCCUACAAAAUAGAAUACAAAUUGAAGAAUCCCUCUUUUUCUUCCUAGUCAAGUCAUGCUUUGCUAUGCAACACGACACACAAGACAUAGACUUAAAUGUCCUAAAGUUAAGUGAAUGAUGUUAGGAAAGGAUACAAUUUGAGUUAUCUUUCUUGGAACCUAAUUCCUAUGGUUUGUACUCAGUAUACGUGAAAACAAGAUGGCGUCAAUUAAUCAGACUGAACUAGACAGACGAAACUCAUCAGAUUUUAAAAUAACGGAUUUCAGAAAAAACGAUGUUUCAUAUAAGUUCAUUGUAAUUUUCCUCUUUACUGUAAAUAACGUGUUUAUCAUGAAACUAAGGUAAACGUUGCAAAUGAUGAUCAUAUUAUUUUUUUUAUUGAACUCGAAAUGAAGGCAAAUCAAUUAUAUUUAUAAAUGGUUGGAUUACAUUUUAUAUCUGUAACAACAAUUUUUCACACCUGUCGUCGAUUUACUUGAAGUUCAUCUACCUGACAUAAAUAUGUCGCCAGUUAAAUUAGUGUACGAUGUUUUUUUUUUUCUUUUACAUAUUUUAUUGACGAUUUUGAUGAAAAAUACUUUGAAUUCGUCAUUUUGAAAAUCCUUUCGUAAAUGGUAAAAAUGACGACAGUUGCAAAAUCAUAAAUGAUAUGUAGAAAUAUUAUUUGUGUAAUUCAUAACAAAUCGACACAUUCAAAAUAUUGGGGAAAAUAAUUAAUAUAUAUGUCUUUUAUAUAUAUGUAAAAUUAGUUAUAAUGAGUUUGACAGCAAAAUUUCUAAUAUGUUAUCAAAAUUGUUUACAUCAGCAAUGUAUAUUUCUUUUGAAUUUUGUAUUUUUUUUUAUGCAUGAAUAUAUGAAAAUUGUUACAAAAUCUAACUAAAUUUAUCUAAAUUCAAACUAAGUCGACAAUAAACGGACAAUGCCAUCGCAAAAAAUGAAAUAAAUGAUCAAAACAGAAACAACAGUAUACAAAACACAACAUGGAAAACUAAAGACUAAGCAACACGAACCCCACCAAAAACCGGGGUGAUUUCAGGUCUCCGGAAUGGUAAGCAGAUCCAGCUGCACAGGAUUCAAGUUACAGAUAUUGAUACCGGUAGUAAAUUAAGCUAAGUGAAAUUGGCCAUACCACUUUUCAGUAGUACUUUUUAUACUCAGGAACACAAUCAAUUUUAUUUUUUUUUUAUUUAAAAAAAUUACACACUUUCUUCUAAUUGAUUAAUUAUAGUUUUCAAAAUCAGACUUUAUAUUCUAUACUUAAGUUAUACUAAAUGAUCUAGAUGGAGUUUACAGAAUAGAGAACAAUAAGGUACACCAAUAUUUCAUAUUCUCUAUGUCAACGUCAUAUAAAUGAUAUGUUCUUCAGAAUAAAUAUGCGUGUCUAUUCUAAAUAAUUUUUAUUUUACCGCUAGAUGCUCAAGAGAUUGUCAUCCAUAGAAUUGUACGAACCGUUUGAAAAAAUGCGGAUUUGAAGCUGCUACUACCGAAUCCUGAAAUUAUGAAAAUAUGAUAUACCUAUGUGUAUAUCCCAUGACCUACAUUGUAUAUUUUUUUAUUGGGAUAGGUAGGGAGGUGAUAAAAAGGUUGAAGAUAUACAGACUGAAAUUAGUAGACAUUGGAAAUCCGUAAUAUAAUUCAUGUAUAAAUCUCAAAAACCAAAGAUCAGUUUCCUUUGUAUAAAAGUAAUAAAUAAUACCAUGGUUA